AAAAAAUUUAUUCCAACGCAAAGAACGCAAAGAUGGAGGCCUUAUUAACCAAGCAGGGUGUCUACAUGAGAGAUCCAGCAUAUGUUGAACAACUGGUGAAGGAAAUUGUCUCAGCAGGAAAAGACAAGUUACAGGUGAUUGCAGACUUUGAUAUGACCCUAUCACGUUUCUCAAUCAAUGGGAAGAGAUGCCCCACGUGUCACAGUGUGCUAGAUGACAGUUCUGAACUCCCAGAGUCUUAUAAGACCACAGCCCAUGGGUUAAGAGCUAAAUACUAUCCUAUAGAGAUUUCCACAGAGAAAACUACUGAAGAAAAGAUACCAUAUAUGGUGGAUUGGUGGACCCAAGCUCACGACCUCCUGGUCACAUGUAAUCUUACAAAGUCAAAGCUCAGAGAUAUUGUGAGGGAUUCUGAAAUAGUCUUAAGGGAUGGCUGCAACUGGUUCUUAGAUGAAUUGCACAAACACAAGCUUCCUCUGCUGAUUUUCUCGGCUGGUGUUGGGGACAUCAUCAUAGAAGUUCUACUACAUCAGCAUGAAAUGUAUGAAAACAUUAAGAUUGUCUCAAACUUCAUGAACUUCAAUAACCAAGGUGUCUUAACUGGCUUUAAAGGAGAACUGAUUCAUACUUACAACAAGAACAAAAGUGCUAUACAUAAAUCAGACUAUUUUGAAAAACUUGCAAAAAGAGAGAAUGUGAUUUUACUUGGAGACUCUGUAGGAGAUCUAAGGAUGGCUGAUGGAUGUAAAUAUUCCAAGAAUGUGCUCAAAAUAGGAUUCCUCAAUGAUAAGGUUGAGGAGCGAAUGGAUACAUACAAGAACUUGUACGAUAUAGUGCUGGUCGCUGAUGAAACCAUGGAUGUUCCUAACAGUAUACUACGAGAAGUAUUCAGAAUGUAGUCUCCAUACUGUAGUCUACAAGUGAUAUAUAAAUAUGAUAGUCUACUCACAAAACCAUAUAUUGUGUCCAUAUCUCCCAAUACUCACCAAAUUUGGCCCCUAUACAUUAAUUGUCUGUUUAACAGAUUUUAGGGGAAAUAAGGCCCUAUGACCAAGCUUUUUUAUUCUUCAUUUUACUCUAGAUUUCAAAAAUACAGAGGCUUGUUGAAAUCAUAAAAAUGUGAGGUUUGACAACUUGACAGAAUAAAGGGAAAAAGUCUGUCAAACAGACAUUUAAUUUGUAAUGGGCCAACUGAGGACAAUCAUCAAAACAUUUUUAAUGUCUCAUCUUAAGUUUUUAGUUAUUCUUUAGCUAGUAACUAUCAUUAUGGCAAAAUGGCCAACCUAACCUUAGUAAAACUUUAAUAACAGACGCAAAAGGGGCUAAAUAGUGGUUAUUAUAGUAUACAUAAAAAUGGUAUGUGAAUAGUGUGCAUAAAACUUUAGUUCAGUAUGAACUUUUUAAUGAUUGAAUUGAUACUCUGACAGAUAAUUUUAGCAAGAAGCCCGGUGACUCAUAGUCUAAAGAUGGCAGGCACAGCAUUGUUCUUUUGCAGUUCCUCUUGUAUGGGUUAACAUACAAAUAUUGCUCAGCUUAAUCUACCUUGCAAUAUUCAAAAUGAAACAAUUAUCUGUGCAUGCCCUAUAUGAGUCCAAACAACAGAUACUUGUUGUUCUAGUAUUAUUGCUGUAACAGCAACAUAGUCGAUAUUUUGAUAUAUCACACUCUCCGCCAUGUAAUAAUGCAAUCCAUCAUUAUAGCCUGAGAUGUGAUAAUUGGUAUUAUCAGUUGUAAUGUAGAUUCUUGAGGAAAUAUUCAUAUAUUAUAAAAGACAAAUUAACCAAGUUUAUUAUCUCCAUCUAUUGAGUAUCUCUGUCAUAAGAGCUUGUAAGAAUGAAUCUAUAAAGUUUAGGACUGUCAAUAGAUGGCACAGUAUUCAGUGGUUCAUUUAAUUAUACAGGGUGUUUAUGUGUCUGAUCAAUUGAUCAAUCUUAAUUCCUUUCACUGUCCCCUCUUCCCUCAAAUGUUUCCAUUAAACAUAUUUUAGUAGGGAAGGGAAGAAUCCAUGUACAGUUAAGUUAUUUAAUAUUUUAAUAUUGGUUUUAUUUGGAAGUUUCAUGUAGUAUCCAAUCCUACAUACUCAUGCAACAUAUGUAGAUAUGAAUCAAAUAUGUUUUAGUACAAAUAGAUAACCUGCGAAAACAGUGUGAAUUGUGCCUAUGACAUUAUAUUUAUUGGGGAUCGCACAACUCUUGCGAGAUUUUCCUCGCAAAAACUCUUUUUGGUAAAAAUGGAUUCUGUAAGAAUUACAAUCAUUUCCAAAGUGCAAAAAACAUCAUAUGUACAAUUUUUAAAUUGAGAACAUUGUU